CGCGACUCAGCGCGCUAGUGCCUGUGAAUGUCGGUAGAGGCAUGCGGGCAUCUCUAGCGCCGAGGAUUUGGGUCCCGGGGAGUCGGGUUGCUCUGUUGAUCCUGUUCCUCUUACGAGCCACGUCCAACGCUCUUGCAACUCUCCCUGGUCCGCCCUACUCGGUUCCUUCUAGCUCGUCCAAUGUCGUGGAUUCCGCCCAACCCGGACCGGUUUGUUCGAUGAGCAGAAAGCUUCCCCAGCCCAGCCCUGGCCCACUUUCAGGGGCCUGCAUUCGCUCUCGCAUGCUCACACAGAGCCCGUCCGGUGACAUGGAGUCACAAAAAACAGAGCUAGGUACAGCUCGGCUGCCAGCACUGCAUUUUCCGGUCGCUUAUCGACAGACGGUGGGCUGUUUCGUAGCAACGAUGGCAUCACGGAUCCGCUACUCAUUUUACAUUCGCUGGUCCCUCCGCUGUCCCUAUCCGCCCACACUACGUAUCCAUACCCACUGCCAUCACCGCUUGUUCUCCGUUUCUUCCCCGCCGCCACAAUCCUUGCUCAUCCCAGUGGUCUAUCCGUUUUCAGGACGCCACUUAAAUCUUGCUGCUCCUUAUAUACCCUGUGACGCUCGCGUCCUUUGCAAACUGACUCUGACCUCUGAGCCCUGGAGGUACUAAUCUGUCGCAAACUCGCACAUGUCUUAUUUGUCACAGCUGACUCCCACUUCACUUGACAUUCACCACCUGCUGUCAUAGUAUUUGACAUUCUUCUUCGACGACCUCCACCUCUAUACCUGCACACCACCUUACAUUCGACUUCGAUACUAUCAACAUGGCUCGGUAUGGCGUGGCAGCUGCCGCCGGCAGCGAUAUAACACCUUUCCCAACCCGACAGAUGGCCGUACUUGGUGAGCAGCAUGCCAUGAUCUAAC